AUAUAUAAUACUAUUUGUUUGAGUUAAGAUGUAAUGUAAUGUAAUCUAAUUGAUAUGGGGCGUAGAGCUUUGAGCACUUGCUAUAAAUUCAGAAUAGCCCCUUCCCCCCUCCCUUGCUCCUCCUCCUCCUCCUAUAAAAUAGUGAUAAUCCUACCAAUACGUGACACCACCUCUCUCUCUCUCUCUCUCUCUCCUCUGCGUUUCAUUGGUAACAGUAGUACUACUAUCUGUCGCAGGCGCCGUUCUCCUUUCUUGCACUCCUCCCUGUGAAUAUUAUCUCCCUCUCUCUCUCUCUCUCUCUAACAUCAUCUCUUCCAUUAACAUCCCCUCUGUCUCGCUCAACUCUGUCCUCGCUCUAACGAUCAUAAUUCUCGCAAUCCUUCUUACCUUUCGAGCGAGAGCCGAAGAUGUUUGUGGGUCAAGCGCACCAGCAGCAGCUUCCGAGGUGGCUGCAGGCGCUGCUGACGGAGAAGUUCUUCAACGCCUGCAUAAUUCACGAGGAGGUCCGCAAGAACGAGAAGAACAUCUUCUGCUUGGACUGCAGCACCAGCUUGUGCCCUCACUGCUUCUCUUUCCAUCGCUCCCACCGCCUCUUGCAGAUAAGGAGGUACGUGUACCACGAUGUCAUACGGCUGGACGAUGCUGCGAAGCUGAUCGACUGUGCUUAUGUCCAAGCAUACAUAACAAACAGUGCAAAAGUGGUAUUUUUGAACCAGAGGCCACAGGCGAAGCAGUGCAGAGGCUCCGGUAACACCUGCAGCACUUGCGAAAGGAGCCUCCAAGACCCUUUUCUCUUCUGUUCUCUUUAUUGCAAGAUUGACUACCUCAUUAGGACAGAAGGUGGGCUCUCCAAGUAUCUCCUGGAGUGCAACUUCUUGCCCUUGCCUGAACCGGGCCUGGACGACGGCCUCAUGACCCCCGACUCGGUCCUCGAGCCGGCCGGCUCGAACCGGACCAACUCCAGCGGAUCCGGAGGGUCUGGCGGGGUCGGGUGCAGGGCCCUCGCCUGCACCGGCGCCACCGACUUCGUCGUGAGGAAGAAGCGGACCAGCGUGCUGGUUUGCAACAGCCCGUGCAGGCCGGUCGAACCGGCUUCGGCGAGCCUGAUGAACCGGAGGAAGAAGACUCCUCAUAGGGCUCCUCUAUAUUGAAAACAUUGGGGUUAUGGUCGAAGGGAUGACAUAUUUGGCAGAUUGACCUUCAUUACUUCUUAGGUGAAAAGGAAUGGAAAUUUUCAGGGAAUUAGUGGCAGAACAUCUCCCAAUUUUGUUGAGAGAGUGCUCUCUCUUUCUGGUCUAGGAGGUGAUUUCUGUCUAACUUGUAUAAGUUCUUCAAUGGCUUUUUCUUUUCUAUUUUCUUUUUAAUUUCAUGUAGAGAGGUUACAGCAAGUGAUAGUUUAGUGACAGAACUUGGUCAUUGCCUUUUUUUAUCCCAUUUCAGGGUUAAUUAGAAGAUAUGUAUAUCUGACUACUUAGUGAUACUCCUCAUUGUGCUUAUCUGACUAUUCUUAAGGAAUCUUGUUUCUCUUUUGU